AUGAAGUACUCAGUCCAAGUUCUUUUGCCUUUCAUCUUAAUAUUCUCUCUUAGCAAAUUUGGUGUGGCUCAAAAUACAACCAUACCAUUCAAUGUUGGGGUGGUUCUUAAUUUCAAUAAACUGAUUGGGAGAAUUGGGUUGAGCUGCAUCUCCAUGGCUUUGUCUGAUUUCUAUGGCACUCACAGUUUCUACAAAACAAGACUGGUUGUCCACACCAGGGAUUCCAAGAACAGUGUGGUCCAUGCUGCUUCUAUGGCUCUUGACCUACUAAAGAACAUAGAAGUACAAGCAAUUAUUGGGCCAGAAACAUCAUCACAAGCCGAUUUUGUGAUUGAUCUUGGAGACCAAGCUCAAGUGCCCAUUAUCUCUUUCUCUGCAACAAGUCCAUCUCUUUCUUCAGCUCAAACUCCUUAUUUUGUCAGGGCUUCCCUUAGUGACUCCUCUCAGGUAAAAGCAAUUGCUUCCAUUGUCCAAGCCUUCAGAUGGAAGGAAGUUGUACUGAUAUAUGAGAAUACUGAUUAUGGUAAUGGAAUUGUACCUUAUUUGGUUGAUGCAUUUGCCGCAAUUGAUACUCGUGUUCCCUAUAGAAGUGUCCUGUCUCCUUUAGCCACCGAUGAUCGAAUUCUCUCAGAGCUCUACAAGUUGAUGACAAUGCAAACUAGAGUAUUUGUUGUUCAUAUGUCAUACUCCCUCGCCGCUCGUUUCUUUGUUAAAGCAAAGGAUGUUGGAAUGAUGAAUGAAGGAUAUGCCUGGAUUAUCACAAAUGGGCUAUCUACUCAAUUGAAUUCCAUGGAUCCCUCAAUUGUUCAUUCUAUGGAAGGUGUACUUGGUGUUGAGCCUUAUGUGCCCAUGUCUGAUAAACUUAAGAAUUUUAACAUCAGUUGGACGCAGAAAUUCCACAAGGAAAACCCUGAUAUGGAAAGAGCUACCCUCAAUACUUUUGGACUGUGGGCAUAUGAUACUGUUUGGGCACUAGCAAUGGCAGCUGAGAAAGUUGGGGCAGAGAAUAUCCACUUCCAGCACCCACAAGUUAUUGAUGGACUAUCAGACCUUUCAACUCUUGGAAUCUCUACAAUAGGUCCUAAACUUCUCCAGACAAUCUUGGAGACAAAAUUUACAGGCUUAAGUGGAGAAUUUAGCCUUGUUGAUGGACAGCUACAAUCAUCGGUAUUCCGAUUAGUCAAUGUAAUAGGUGGUGGAGGAAGGGAGAUUGGGUUCUGGACCCCAAGAAAUGGAAUUUUACGCGAAUUGAAUGCAGCUGAUACAAAAUUUUAUUCGUCUUUGAAUUUCAAUCUCGGUGCUGUCGUAUGGCCAGGAAAUUCUACUACUAUGCCUAAGGGUUGGGUAAUCCCUACAAAUGGGAAGAAAUUGAAGAUUGGAGUACCUGUGAAGGAAGGAUUUACUGAAUUUGUGAAGGUAGCAAAAGAUCCUACUACAAAUGCCUCAAUUGUCACUGGGUACUGCAUUGAUGUUUUUAAUGCUGUAAUUGGGGAACUUCCAUAUGCUCUUCCUCAUGAGUUUAUUCCAUUCAUGAAUUCUGAUGAUACAAGUGCCGGGACAUACAAUGAUUUGAUCUACCAAGUAUAUAUCCAAAAAUAUGAUGCAGUGGUUGGUGAUAUAACUAUCAGAGCCAAUCGGUCCAUCUAUGUCGAUUUUACAAUGCCAUUCACACAGUCUGGGGUAACAAUGAUAGUUCCAAUCAAAGAAGAUCAGAGGAAGAAUCUGUGGGUUUUCUUGAAGCCUUUAAAUUGGGAUCUAUGGUUUACUACUCUGGCUUUCUUCAUCUUCACAGGCUUUGUCAUCUGGGUUCUCGAACACAGAGUAAACAACGAUUUUAGGGGUUCACCUAUAAAUCAACUUGGAAUGCUCUUCUGGUUUGUCUUCUCAACAAUGGUUUUUGCACAUAAAGAGGUCUUCAGCAACUUGGCGAGGUUCGUUGUUAUCAUAUGGGUUUUUGUUGUGCUCAUCCUCACAUCAAGUUACACAGCAAGCCUAACUUCCAUGCUGACAGUUCAACAGCUUCAACCUACUGUCACAGAUGUAAAAGAGCUCAUAAGAAAUGGGGCUUAUGUGGGGUACAAACUAGAUUCAUUUGUGUUUGAGAUGCUAAAGCAAAUGAACUUUAAUGAAUCCAAGAUUAGAACCUAUGCAAGUGUAGAAGAACUGGAUGAAGCUUUAUCUAAAGGGAGUGAUAAUGGUGGUAUUGCUGCUGCUUUUGAUGAGAUCCCUUACAUGAAACUCUUUCUUUCAAAGUACUGUGACAAGUACACAAUGGUUGGACCUACAUAUAAGACUGAUGGAUUCGGCUUCGCUUUUCCAAAAGGUUCCCCUCUGGCAUCUGAUGUUUCGAGGGCAGUCUUAAAUGUAACUGAAGGAGUAAAAAUGUCGCAGAUUGAGCAAGCAUGGUUUGGGCAGGACAAUUGUCCAGACCUUAGUACCAAGGUUUCUUCAUAUAGUCUUACACUAGAUAGUUUUGGGGGAUUGUUCAUCAUCACUGGAGCUGCUUCACUGCUAGCCCUCUUCAUAUUCUUACUUUGUUUCUUUCGUAACUAUGACAACAUCAUUAGAUGUGAUGAUCCUAACACUUCUACACUGAAAAGAAUUGCUGAAAUGGCAAAAAAAUAUGAUGAGAUGGAUCCUUCCUCUCAUGACUCUAGAGUAACUAAAAAUCACAAAGAAAAUACAAGAAUUGCAUCAAGCAUUGAAGCUUCACCCAUAUCUAUUGCACCAAGUCCACCUACAAGUCCCUCCCUUAUAGACAGGUAUUGCAAUCCUUUUGGAGAAGAAGACCAAGAGCGUGCAUCAACCAGUUCCUUUGGUAUGGAUGGAAAUGUCACUCCCUUGGAAGGUCAAGGGAGUCCAUUUAGUACACACCCGAAUGUAGAUAAGAGGCAAGUUACGGAAAUAAUUUCAACUGAGAUUAUUGUUCAAGAUGGAGAGAGGCAAAGUGCCCUUGUAAUCAAUGUCUAAUUAUGUAAGUGACAGAUACAUUGAUGUAGUGAAGGUUUAUACCAUGAAACCA